UCUAAUUGUGAUUUGCAACUUUUCACCGAGUCGUCUUCGUAAAAGUUGUGUUUUUAUACAAAUUUUAAAUUGAAAUUAACCGGAAAUUGUAAAGCUACAAAUAAAGAAACAAUGUCGAACCCCCAAGCGACAGUUACAGCUUAUCUGGCUGCACAGAAGAAAACCACAAACAAAGAUCUCGCUGCCGAAUGGACACUCAUUGAAGAGCUGUACAAUGAAAAAUUGUGGAAUGAGUUGACCAUUAAGCUGGUGGUCUUUGUGCGCCAUGAAUCGCUGCAGGAUGAGACAGCCUUACUGCAGUUGUAUCAGAAUUUCAUCUCCACCUUCGAAACAAAAAUAAAUCCCUAUGGAUUGAUUCAAAUACUCGAGGUAGUCGUCGACAACAUCAGCGACAAAAAGGAAUCCAUUGAUUUCCUUGAAAAGUUCAAGGACAAAGUGAAAACCUGCGAUGAAGCCGUUUGGUAUCUGCAAGUGAUGCAGGGCAACUUGUAUCUCAGCAAUCUCAACGAUCUGAAUGCCACCAAGAAAAUCAUCGAAGAGUUGCGCGACGUCCUCGAGGAGGCGGGCAAUGUGACGCCUGUCCAUGGCAAGUACUACAUGCUGGCAUCGCAGUACUAUCGUCGUGUGGGCAAGCACAGUGAAUACUAUCGCUGUGGACUCCAGUUCCUGGGCUGUUCGCUCGAUGAUUAUCCGAGAGACCAGUGGGCACAGCAAGCAUUCUUCUUGGGCCUUGCUGCCCUGCUGGGCGACGGCGUCUACAACAUUGGCGAGCUGUUGGCACAUCCCAUUUUGGAGUCGCUGCAAAACACAGAGAACGAAUGGCUGGUGGAGUUGCUGAAGGCGUUCAACACGGGUGACAUCAACAAAUUCAAUGACAUGAAGAAGAUUUGGUCCAAAAUACCCGAUCUUGCUGCUCAGGAGGUCAAGCUGCGCCAGAAGAUAUCUUUGCUCUGCCUCAUGGAGAUGACAUUCAAGCGCUCGGUCAUCGAACGUGCCAUUUCCUUUGCCGACAUUGCCAGCGAGACCAAAUUGCCAGCCAAGGAAGUCGAAUUUCUCAUCAUGAAAGCGUUGGCUCUCGAUUUGGUGCGUGGCGAAAUCGAUCAAGUGGCGGGUGUGGUGAACAUGUCCUGGGUGCAACCUCGUGUGCUGAAUCGUCCACAAAUCGCUGGCAUGGCAAGCACGCUGGACACUUGGAUGGGUGCCAUCACAAACAUGGAGAAGCUGAUGGAGAAUCGUGCGGCGGAGAUUCUCACAAAUUGAUUAUAAGUUUUCCCCCCAUUCUUAAUUUCUAUUUGCGAAUGUGCGUUUUGUAUUAAAACCAAGCAUAUUUAGUAUUUAAAGACUGGCAGUCGUUAUGAAUGA